GUAUCUGACAGCAAGCAGCAAUAGAAAUUUCCUGCUUACCAUGAGACCAUUUUUAAAAAGGGCCAUUUUGGUCAUAAGUUAUGUGAUUGUCAUCUUGUACCUCCGUCUGUGGAUAAUGGGAGGAUCUAUGCCCCUCUUUUCAGAGCAGGAUAAUCCAGCUUCAUUUUCACCUUACAUUCUUACAAGAUUCCUUACCUAUUCCUACCUCUUGGCCUUCAACACGUGGCUGCUGCUUGCACCUGUUACCCUGUGCUACGACUGGCAGGUCGGCAGUAUUCCUCUGGUAGAGACCUUAUGGGACGUGCGGAACUUAGCCACCAUCUUUCUGGCAGUUGUGAUGACCUUAUUGAGCCUGCACUGCUUAGCAGCCUUCAAGAGACUGGAGCACAAGGAAGUUUUAGUGGGCUUGUUGUUCCUGGUGUUCCCGUUCAUUCCAGCCAGCAAUCUCUUCUUCAGGGUGGGUUUUGUGGUGGCCGAGAGAGUCCUUUACAUGCCUAGCAUGGGUUACUGCAUCCUUUUUGUGCAUGGACUAAGCAAGCUCUGCACCUGGCUAAAUCGAUGUGGGGCCACCACCUUGAUUGUGUCCACCGUGUUGUUGCUGUUGCUUUUCUCGUGGAAAACUGUGAAGCAGAAUGAAAUUUGGCUAUCGAGAGAGUCCCUAUUCAGGUUGUAUCCACGCCAUGCAAGUGCACUGAACAACCUUGGAACACUAACGAGAGACACGGCAGAGGCAAAGAUGUACUAUCAAAGGGCUCUCCAGCUACACCCACAGCAUAACCGGGCUCUUUUCAAUCUUGGGAAUCUCCUUAAGUCCCAGGAGAAAAAAGAAGAAGCUAUCACCUUACUGAAGGAUUCCAUUAAGUACGGUCCAGAGUUUGCAGACGCAUAUUCAAGCCUAGCUUCGUUAUUGGCUGAGCAGGAAAGAUUUAAGGAAGCUGAAGAAAUAUACCAGGCUGGAAUAAAGAACUGUCCAGACAGCUCAGAUUUACACAACAACUAUGGGGUCUUCUUAGUUGAUUCUGGCUCUCCAGAGAAGGCAGUGACUCAUUACCAGCAGGCAAUCAAACUUAGCCCAAGCCAUCACGUGGCCAUGGUGAACCUGGGGAGACUCUACAGGUCGUUGGGAGAGAACAGCAUGGCUGAAGAAUGGUACAAACGUGCCUUGCAGGUGGCACACAAAGCUGAGAUAUUGUCACCUUUGGGAGCACUGUAUUACAACACCGGCCGAUAUGAAGAGGCUUUGCAGGUUUACCAGGAAGCUGCAGCACUUCAGCCUUCUCAAAGGGAGCUCCGCCUGGCACUGGCUCAGGUUUUGGCUGUGAUGGGUCAGACGAAAGAAGCUGAAAAAAUGACCAAUCACAUUGUGUCAGAGGAGACUGGAUGCCUUGAAUGUUACCGCCUGUUGUCAGCAAUCUACAGCAAGCAGGAGCAGCACAACAAGGCACUCAAUGCUAUAGACAAGGCUCUCCAGCUGAAACCAAAGGACCCAAAAGUUGUAUCUGAACUUUUCUUCACAAAAGGAAAUCAACUACGAGAGCAGAACCUUCUUGACAAAGCUUUUGAGAGCUAUAAAGCAGCUGUGGAACUAAAUCCAGAUCAAGCGCAAGCCUGGAUGAACAUGGGUGGAAUCCAGCACAUCAGGGGAAACUACGUAUCUGCAAGGGUUUACUACGAGAGAGCCUUACAGCUGGUUCCAGACAGCAAACUGCUGAAGGAAAAUCUUGCCAAAUUAGAUCGCCUCGAAAAACGAUUACAAGAAGUUCGAGAAAAGGAUCAGACAUAAAGCGUUUGACCCAGUCUCAUGGGACAAUCCUGAUGCCUCUGAAAGAGAGAAAAGGGACAGAGGCCUUUCUUCUUUCACAUCAGCAGGGGCACAACUGGUGAAGCUCCUUGUCACUCCAAGUUCGGUGUGGCACAGUCUGGGACAUCUGCUGGUAACCCAGUGCUGAAGGACCUACAUUUCCAUGAAAGAAGAAGGCAGAGCGAGCAAGGACAAGAAGGUCUGAGAGGAAAGGAAAGCAGCCACCACACAUUUUACAGAUUUUUGUUUGGGUUAACUCCAGAUUUCCCUUGAUUUAUUUCUGUGCUUUUACAACCUGGAGAUCUAAUUCCAUUUCUUAGUUUAGACUUUUAUGUCCCAGAAAUAUAGAAGCUUGAAAUGCUAUGAAAGCAGAGCUUCUAUUCUUUUGGGGAUGAGAUAUUUCAAAGAGGGGAAAUCAUCUGGGGGAAAUUCUACCAAGAGUUGGAUCAUUUUAUUCUCCAAAACCAGAAAUGACUAUCUAAUAGCUUUUGUAGAACCUUCUGGAAUAUGUGGGGCAAAGGGCUAUUAAGUGAGCUUUAUCUAAUAUCUCCUUAAGGAUAUUACUAGAGCCCUUUUGAGGAGUAAAUACCACUCUGAAGCAAGUUUCUCCCAUGCCUAAUAUAUUAAAAGGGAAACUUCUGGAAUUGUUUAUGGGUAUUUUUAUCCCUAGGGGAAAUUAAGGAGUUUGGUACCCCUAACUCUUUAUGGAAAUGUUUAAAAUUAUUUUAAUUUUAUUACAAGUAUUACUAGAGUAGUGGUUCUACUCUAAGAUUUUAAAAGUGCAUUUAAAAUCAUAAAUGUUCCUGCCUCCAAAUAUAUUGUUAUUUUGGUGGAGAAAAAAAUAGUAUAUUCUACAUAAAAAAUAUUAAAGAUAUUAACUGAUGGAAAUGUCCUACUUUACUAUCUUAAUGUUCAGACAUCAUGAGAUUUAUUUUUUUGAAAAAUAUAUUUAACCAUUGAGGAAUCUUUACAAUAUAUCACAGAAAUCUUCAUAGACUCUAGGCAGAGAGAGAGCUCUAUUUAUUUGUCUUCAUACGCUUAAUGAGAAUUCUGUGCUUAGAACACUAGUGAUUGAAAUCCAGAGUUCUUUCUUAUUUGUAAUUUUGAGAAUUUCAUGGAGAAUGCUUUAAAAAUCUAGGGGGAAAAGUCUAAAUUCAUAAUUUAAAAUAUAUAUAUUUAUAUUUAAAAGAUAGGGAAGGCAAAGUUGAACUCAUGAUUUGACAUUUAUUUUUAGUGUUAUUUAUUUCAUAACUUAUAAAAUAUCUAAUAUAUAUACACACACUUUUUUCUCUGUAUUUUGUGAUUCUAAUAGCAGCAUUCAAAAUUGAUCAUAUAAAAAUAUAAAUCUAAAGUACAAAGUAGUUAAAUUUUUAGUAGUCCCUCAAAAAAUUUUACGUUGACUCACUUGCUAAAGUUAAAGAAAUUAGGGAUCAGCCUUCAGUGUUUGGAUGCUAAUAUGUUUCGAAAGUGCAGAAAUUGGAACACCUGAUUCUAAUUUGAUCGUCAUCAUUAAAAACAAAAACAAAACCCUCCAGGCAGUGCUGCUCAGGGUGCUGAGGCAGGUGCCAUACAGAUGGAGUAGCCUGAAGGCACACGUAAUUCACCUGCUCCAGCAGGACAGGGUAAAAGCCUCUGCUUCUUUCAGCCCAGUAUCAGGAAGGAGUACCCCUAUAUUAUUUUUUUUGUCAAGGUAAGUCUAAAUAAAAGGAAGAAAAACUUCUUUGGGAAGGGAUGAUGGGUGGAAUAUUUUAAAUGCAGGUGAUUACAGAAUUUGAAUUAGCACGCAUCCGUUUGUGUGCAUCAGUGAUCCAAUAAUGUAUAUAUUACCACUAUGAACUCUUUCUAAUAGUCUUUCAAUGUUAUAUAUGAUAAAUUUAUCCAAAAUCUUAGUUAAAUGUUUCCGUCCUCCUAAAAUUAUACCUGUAUGUUUUAAGGCCAAGAAAUGUUCUUCACUAUUUAUUGGAAAAUAACCACACACUCCCAAAUUGAAAAACAUGAAUUCCUAGCUAACAACAAUAUGUAAGACUUUACCACAACAUGGAAUAAUCUGUUACCAGAAUUCAUGCUUAGAAAGUUAAUGGAAAAGACUGAGCCCCAGAUUGUGAACAGUUAUGCCUUACUUGAACUGCUGCUGAAGAUAUGAGAGCACAUUUGUUGGAAUAAUUGAAAUGGCAGGUACAGCCUAAAAGUUUGCGAGGGACGAGGGUCAUGUGGCCUUCAGGAGGAGACUUUGUCUGCCUUCUUUUAGGUGCUAUUGUCUCCCUCUCCCCCCAUCUCCUGUGUCCCCUCCUUCCUUCCCCCCCACUCUGUCAUUCUGUCAGCACACACUGGUAUCUCUUUGAACAUUCGAAGUAAGCACUGCUUGUUUUGGGGUUUUUUUGUUUUUGUUUUUAAAGUCAGCAUUGUUUGUUGGAUCAGAUAUUUUUAUCCUUUACUGAGUUGUAGCCAAUGAAAUUUUUCACAGUGCAGAUGGUGCCUAUAAGAAAACAAAUCACAAGCUAUUUUUCAAAGAUAUUAAGUGUAUUUUGUAGCCAUUUUUAUUUGGUCCUUGUGACAGGAGAUAAUAAAUGGAAUUCAUCCUUAUCAAAAUGAAAAUGGAGUGCUGGGUCAGGGAGGGACAUCCAGUGUGCCCUUAAUGGAAGCCUGGGUGGCAUGGGGAUUGAUAGCACCUUUCUGUAAUGCAGGGACCAAGCUGGCUGCAUGGAUCUGCAGUCCUUGCUGUCUCACAGGGCCCUGCACUCAGAAGCACCCGAGAUUGGUUGAAUGCUCUGCUUGAAAUUCUUAACACUCUUUGAACAAGGGGCCCCACAAUUUCAUUUUGCAUCAGGUCCCAGAAUUAUGUAGCAGGUCCUGGGUAGGAAGGGAUUGAAGACAAGAUGGAAUUUGCUUUACCCUGGCUGAACAUUUGAUCCAGGGGUCAGAGUUUCUCUUCUGACUGUUUCCCUGAGCAGCAUUUGCUGUUUUUUGUCAGCUACAUUUAGAGUUCUUCCUGCGCAUCUCUCUCUCAUUCACUCCUGGUCUAACCUGUCCUUCGUCCCACCUAGAACCUGUUCUCACCUUCAGAGCCCCCAAUAAGUGGCAGUCCUUAACAUGUCCUUUGACAUAAAAGCCACAAGAAUGGCUUUAGAAGCUUAUUUUAAUCUUACGAAUCUUCAUUCAGGAUUGUUAGAAAUGAUUCAGAUGUUUUCAACCUAUUAAUGGUAUUCAUAAAGUAUGGUUCAGUGAUAUAACAGGUGAGCUAAACCAAAGAUGCAAAUACCUUGAAAGAAAAGAAACUAUAUUUUAGGGAAUCCUGUGAUACAUACUUUGGGGAUUAUUUUGAAGCCUAUCACAAAACAGAGAGGAUUGUCAGCAUGUUAAUUCCGACUCCUUACAGUACUUCACACCCCUCAGCAUAAGAUUCUGAAAUGUGCAGGAAGUGGUACCUACUUUGAUGCAGGGUUUGCAGUGGUUGUGCGAAUGCUUCUCUGCAACUGCUCACAGCCAGGUGGAGAAAAUCCAAACCAUCUUAUACUAAGCGACCUACAGUAACUGUAACUUGAGGGGAAAUAAAAAGCAAAUGUGUGGUUUCUUAUUGUCUCUAUUAAACAUUCCGGGUCCCUCAGAUCGAAGAGCCACAUCCACCUGAUAGUUGAGAUCUGUUCCCUCAUACAUAGGGGCUCUCAAUGCUGGCUGCACUUUAGAAUCACCUGAGGACCUUUCAAAAUCCCUGACAUAUACAGCUAGGCUAGAGAACCACUGCAGGGCUGACAACUUCAAUGGCAGUUUAUGACUUUUACAAAAAAAGAUGCUUAUAAUCUUUUGCAAGUUUUACUUUUAAAUCUAAACUAAAAUGAACCAAAGAAUUCUGAAGGAUGAUGUAUGGCACAAUUGAUUGGCUGAGGCUCUCAUUCCAAGGUUGACAAACAGGUGGUUGUGUGGGGUGGUUUUGCACUUGUGGCAAUUGGACUAUGAUUUGGCUUUAUGUUUACAGAGUUCUCGGUUCUCAGAUGGAGAGGAAUUGCCUUGCUGUUUGCAUGCACCAGUCAAGGUGCCCAGUAUAUAAAACUGAUAUUUUUAAUGAUCCACGGAAGGUGUCCAUGGCAUAGAGUUUCUCACUCCAUCUAUGUCUCUCUUUUGAGGACAUGCAUGUCAGCUUUUGUUAAAUUAUUUCUUAAUUGUACUUGUUAGAAUCAGUUUUUGGGGGGGAAAAACUACAAACAAAAAUUUUGCUUUGAUUUGUGAUAGAGUCAACCCCUUACAAUAGUAAUCUACAGGAUAUUGUAACAACAUUCAAAGUAAAUACAGCUAGAGGUGGUUUGUUUCUAAUUUUUUUUUCCUGGUUUCCAAAUCACACAUACUUUGAUUUGAUUGUAUGUUGGUAUCUCCCAAAUGUAGCAAAACUUAACUGUUAAAAUGGUAUCUUUUGACAUGUAAAAAAAAAAAAAAAACCUGUCAAAUCUUGCAUUUGUACUACUGUUGAAUAAGGUAAAAGCUUAGAGUGCCAAAAAGCAAGAUGGAGAAAUAUAACUUUUUAUUGUUAUUCUUGAAGUUUUUGAUACAAAAGAAAAAUAUGUUGAAUAUUUCUUCCAAAAACUGCAUUUCCCUCAAUAUUUUUGUUUUUAGUAGCCGUUUAACUUGAAGAGAUAAAAUAACCAUGAUCAAAAGCAUGGUUUAAUUCCAAAGUGGCACAACAGAAUUGAUAAAACAGUUAUAACCAUCAGUGGCUCAUAUUAAAAUGUUUGAUGUUUAUCACCAAGGAUCCUCUCAGUGAAAACCUUUAGGACCUGUAACUCGUAAAAUCAUCACCCACCACAGUAUAUGGUCAUUAUCUGUUUUUAAGUUUACAUCAGCAUUUACUUCCAACUGGAAAGAUAUUUUUACAUCCAGAAAUUCAGGAGUUUCUUCACAUUCUCUGUGGUGCACAUGGUGUGUGUGUGUGUGUCACAUUUGGCAGUUUCCAACAUGUAUAGUGUCCUUGUGGAGUUAUUUAUCUUGAGGCCCACAGGAGCGGUGCACUAGUCCAAGAAUCAAGAUCUGAGUUCUAGUCUUAGCUCUGCCACUGAGGAGCCACAUCGCCUGGGUUAGCUGAUUUUUCAGUCAUGUUUAUCACCCAUAAGAUGACUGGUUAGACUGUUGGUUCCAUUAAGCAUUGUGAGCCUCUGCAGUGGUUACUCUUGAACCUGGAUUGAAAAGCAUCCAGGAGAUAACUGAUAAAUGCAUCUGAUGAAAUAAUUGAAAAAUGUUGCCCUUUGCUUUAAUGAUUCUUAAAUCACUGUAAGAAAACACACAGA